ACCCCUACACGCUCCUGUUCUCUCCCCUUCUCUCUCCCUCUCCAGGUUCCUCUGGCUCCUUCAACCUCUCCGCCUCUGGCGACAUGUUCAUGGGGAUGCAGGGACUCAACGGCGACUCCUACCCUGGGGCACAGGUCGAGUCGCUCCACCACUCCCUGAACCAGCCCUACAGUGAGGGACUGGCAGCCAAUCAGAUCUACAGUCCACGAGAUGUGAGGGCUAACGGAGGCUGGCAAGAUGCAGCAACCCCAUCCUCCGUGACAUCGCCGACAGAAGGGCCAGGCAGCGUACACUCCGACACCUCCAACUGAUCCCCGCGGGUCAAUGGGGGCCGCUCGCUGGUCUUCUCCAGCUUUGACCAGCGCGGGAGCAGGAGGGGAGGCGAGAGGAGGAAGACCACCGCUCGAGUCGGGGGUUGCCGUUGAUACUAAUCUAUCUCCUGGUGUGUUCCACUGUAAAACCCCGGGCCUCAGUGUGCAGAGGGAGGGGGAGGCGGGAUAGUUAGUGUGGGGACGAGAUUGGAGGGGAGGGGAGGGGACGGGUUUAGUCUUCAACCCACCAGAGAGAUGGAACUCCCUGUCCAAUGCCAACCUACAGGCCUACUCUCCCUCUCCCCCUCUCCCCUCUCCCCUCUCCUUCUCUCUAUCUCU